AUGGCUUCUCUCUCUCCCCUCAACCCAGCAUUCGCCUACACGGUGGUCUACGUGAAAGACGUAGCCAAGUCCGUGGCUUUCUACGCCAAGGCCUUUGGGUAUACUGUUCGUCGCCUUGAUGAGUCGCACAGAUGGGGAGAGCUGGAAAGCGGGCAGACGACGAUAGCAAUUACACCGGCACAACAACAUGAGACAGACGACAUAACUGGUGCGGUGAAGACACCACAGUCCGGGAGUGAGAGGGCACCGGUUGAGAUUUGUUUUGCAUAUGAAGACGUUGAUGCAGCGUACAAGAGGGCAGUGGAGAAUGGUGCGGUACCAGUGAGUGAACCUGAGGAGAGAAAAUGGGGACAGAAGGUUGGGUAUGUGCGUGAUAUUGAUGGCAUGGUGGUGAGAAUGGGAAGCCAUGUAAAGCCCUCCAAACAAAAUCAGUAA